CUCGGCUUUGAACGACAAUGUCAAACUUUUUAAGAUGUGAACCAGAGAUUAUGUGAACGAUACUUGUCUUUCAUAGCCAAGUCUGAUUUAAAAAUGAUGUGUAUCGUAUUUUAACUUUAUAUGUUUUGUUGUUUUAUUUUGAUUGAAUGUCAAAAUUUGCUUAUUUUUUCCUUUUAAUCUAUUUAUCUAGCUAUUUUUUGUGUAUUGGGGUUUUUAAAUGCAAAUUAAUGUGAUUAAAUUAAAAUAAUAAAGCGCUUAAUUGCUGAAUUGAAUAACCAUGACGAGGAAUAAGAACAAAAAUCUUCCACACUUAUUCAACGAAGUUUUAGACUCUAUAGCAAUACUCAAAGAAUCCAAAGGCUCUUCGGAAAAGUCCAUCUUAAACCAAGUCGAUACCAUUCUUCAUAUUCGGAGACAACACUUAAAAAAGAGCAUAGCUUCCAUUCAUAGAGCACUGAGACACGGAUUAAAAACCGGGUUGUUGAAGUUAAAAAACGGAAAAUAUUGUUUGGGUAUGAGUCAAGCGGAUUAUAAUAUUUAUAGAAAAGUACAAAAAUUGCGGUCCAGUGAUAAUUUAUAUCGAGAUUUUCGAGCUAGAAGGGGAAAAAGAAGAAGUCGAAGGCGAAGAGGUAGAAGACGAAAUAUUUAUGACGCAGUUGAUUAUAUUGAAGAAACUAACGACGAGGAAAUAACCAGCAAUCAAUCUUCUGCAGAAAGUACCGAACCUGUCGAUAGAUCGAGACGACGAAGAGGAGGAAGAAGGAAGGCUAGGAGACGAAGAAGAGGCAGAAGACGCGCGGCAGGAACAAAUGAAAAAACAGAUGAAACUCCCGAUCAGAGUCAGCAAAAUCCAAUUGUUACCCCAAAAACUUCAAAUGACUCUAUUAAAACUAAUGAUCAGAAUAAAGAAGAUGAUGAUAAUAAAAGUAAAAAUUCGUCUGAUAAUCAAAAGUCUGAUAACAAUGAUUGUAACGAAUCAGAUCACAUUAGUCUACCAAACAGCACUGAUCCUGAAAAAAAGUGUGACAAACCAGACUGUUUGUGUAAUUUAAAAAAAAACUAUGAUAGAAAAUCUUAUGACUAAUGUAUAAAGUGAUCAAUCAAUAAAUAUAUAGUAAGACAUGACUCUGAUUUUAGACUUUUGUUGUUGGUGUGAAAACUGAAAGGUAGGAUUAUAUAUUCUGUAAUGUAUUAAAUUUAUUAUAAAAUGUAUUAUUGAAUAUAAUAUUAUUUAUAACAAUACAAUAAUUUCACUUCAUAAACUGUAUAC